AUGGGUAAUAUUCAAAGCGUAGAAGGGGAAAACCUUCCAGAGUUAAAAAAAAUGAAACUGAUUUCUGAUAAAGGGGUUUAUAAAGUGUUUGAGAGCCCUGAGAACAAUAAAUACGAUUUCUGGGCAAUAAAAUCAAAUGAAAGCUCUUUUGAAGAGGAAAAUAAAAUAGCGUAAGAAAUUAAAGAUAGGGAUUCAAAAGGGAUAGCGAAAAUUGAAAACAUUAUGUUAACCUCUGUUGACAAACUAUUUUCAAAGUACUAUAUCUUGAGCAUUUUAACAGAACAUCCUUUAUAUACUCUAAGAGAAUUUUUAUUAAAAAAAGCCAAGGAUCAAUGUUUAGAUUCUAAAUAAAUCACAGAUCUUUUAACUUGUGUGGUAAAUGCAUAAUACUUGCUUGGAUCGAAGAAGCAAUAUCUUGGUUUUGAUAACAUUCAUACUAAUGAUGGUAAAUCUUGGAAGAUCAAACCGUUUGUUCAGACAAAAUCAUUCUAUUAAGAAAUACAAGAAUAUAGAUCUAAAAAUUUACAGAAUUUUGACUUGUCAGGCUUCCCCUCACCAGAAGAAUUUCAUUAGAAAAAUUGCGACCCUGAUAGAGUUUAAAUCUUUGGGUUGGGAAUGCUAAUUUUGGAAUUGAUCAUAAGUAUUAUUUAUAUAUAUGGUAUAGGAAUGAAAAGCAAAGACAUAUAUUCAAAAUUUUAGAUCAACGAAGUUCUGCUUACUAAAAGGAUAGAAGAACUCAAGACUUAUAAAGCAAAAUUUUCAGGCAAAUUUAUUGAAUUAAUAAUGGAAAUGUUGGAUUUAGACAUAGUCAGAAGACCUAAUUAUCAUCAGUUGUAUACUAAGUUGACCUCAAAAGAUUCAAAAAUUGAGUCUGAGUUUAAAGAUCCUUUAGUUUAACCAAUAGAUGAAGUUAUAUAUACGAAAUCUAAUCUUUUCAAACCUCCUAGUUAAUAAAUCGAUGAGCAUCAUAUUAUUGAUGCAGUUUCCAAUAUUUAAUAGCCAAGCAAUAGUAAAUUUGAUUAUCAUCAAGUCAAUGCUAGUAAAGCAUAGCUGCCUUAAGUGAAUUAAGUAGUGGAGGAUCUUCAUUAAAUAAGCUAUAAAAAUGAAUAAAAAUAUCAUGGGAGGGGUAAUUAUAAUACUAUAAUGAUGUAGGCAAAUCUUCUACUUAGUAAAAUUCGCUUGGGUAGGAUGGAGAUUUUUAUUAAGGAGACUUUCAUAAUACAGGAAAAUUGAAUAACUAAAACUCUCAAAAGUAGAAAGAGAAUUUCGAUUAUCAGGAUUGCACUAAUAUAGAUCAAUAUGCAUCGAAGUAUGAAGGAUCACUUCAAUUCGGAAAGUAUUAUUUUUAAAAUAAAUAAUUUAGGAAGCAGGGGUAAGGCAAGUUAUUUUUAACUAAUGGAGAAAUUUUCAUAGGAACAUUUGCUAAUGAUUUGAUAGAUGGUCACGGGAUAUUUGAACUCAAUAAUUAAAUAAAGUUUUCAGGAGUCUGGCAGAAAGGCAAGUUGUUAUCUAAGAACUAACCACUGCAAUAAUUUUAAAAUCAUAAUCCUUCAUAUAAUGAGCAAUUUGAGGGUAUAAGCAAAUUGGAUACAAAGAGAAGUUAAUAAUUCGACACUUAAGCAUUUGGGGAUACUUAAACUCACAAUGUUCUCUCAGACAUUAAAUAAGAAAAUGUAUCGCAUUUAAACUAUGAUGAUAAUAAUGGCUAGAUUAAAUAAGAUGGAAGUGCGAAUCAAGGUUUAAAAAAUGGAAAUGGGAUAUUGUAUUUCAAGAAUGGGAAGCUUUAAUACUAGGGACAUUUUGAGAAUGAUUAAUAUCAUGGCUAUGGAAUACUAAAUAAUGAAAAUCCAGUGACUGAACAUUAGAUUAAUUACUCACUACUAAGAGAAGUGCAGAUUAAAGGCUAUUGGAAGAAAUACGAGGGAGAAUUUUAAAAUGGACAGUAAUUAAUAUUCAUAAAUGUAGAAAAUGCGGCUAAGGUACUUGGUAUUUGACUAACAACAGCGAGUAUAUCGGUUAAUUCGACAAGGAUCUCCCGAAUGGAGAAGGUUUGAUAAGGAGAACAAAUCACGGAGACUUUUUAGGAAUUUGGGAGUAUGGACAAUUAACAAAGGUAGUUUCUGGGAAAUUAUGAAUCACUUUUCAACAAUGAUCAAUA